AUGGCUGCGCUGUGGAUACCAAAGAAUGACGGCAAUACAUCAUUUUGUGGAGGCUCAAUCGUCCACGAACGGUUCAUCUUGACUGCUGCUCACUGUUUCAUCGGCAACAGAAAUACAUCAUCUGUGGGGCACAACCAUAGUAACGUUGAGGAGCCUUUCGCGCCAUGGGGAUUCAUUGACAUGCACGACAUAUUCGACCCAGACGCAGCCUUCAUCCAACCUAUAGAGAAACACUGCCACGAUGACUUCAACACCGGUGCUCGCUAUGAGAAUGACAUUUGCCUGCUGAAAUUGAAGGAUCCCAUAGUGUUUGGAGACAAAGUGGUGCAGAUCACACUGCCAGGGGUUGAUUUGGCUUUGGACGCGGGUACCCAGCUUAAUGUUUCUGGGUGGGGACGAACUGAAUUCAGUAACACGACUGUACAGAUACUCCGUCAAGUGUCAGUUCCUCUCAUGUCGGGGGAAACCUGCACGGAGCACUAUUCUGGUAUAAACAAUGACUUACAGAUUUGUGCCGGAUCGCUCGGCCUAGAUGCAUGUGUGGGGGACAGCGGAGGUCCUUUGACCCUGGGUAAUGUGCAGGUCGGUGUGGUGUCUUACGGUCGCCAAUGCGGCACGGUCAGAGGUGGAGUCUACGCCAGGGUCACCAGCUACCUGGACUGGAUCAGCAAUACCAUCAACACGAAUCUGUAG